AUGGAAUCUAAAGUCUCAAACUUUAUCCGGAGAGCUCUUACAGGGUCCUUGGCCACAUCCUUAACCCUCGCGUAUAGGAACAUUACCACAGAGAAGAUGUGCGGCAUCUGUGCUAACGCAGAGGAGUCACUCCCACAUGCCUUAAUGUUAUGCCCAUAUACAACAAUGUUCUGGUUCGCAUCUGAUCUGGGCUACAAGCCUGAUUUUGACCAUUUUGCACGUUUGGAAAAGGAGGAAUGCUCCCUGUUUAAGAAUGAAGACCAAUGCCCAUUGGCAACAACUAGAAAUGCAUCCAGAGCUUGUGCUGAAUUCCAGCAAACAGUAAGGAGAGAUAAGGUGUCUGAGAAAGAGAACAGAAGAGGGAAUAAAGCCAAAUGGAACCUCCCCGAAAGGGUGUCCUUAAAAUUAACACAAAUGCCCCCUUCAAUCCAGGCCAGACCAGUUGUAACAGUUGAGGGUGAAGCCUUAUUAAAAGCAGUCAAAUUGGCAAAGCGUUGGAAUCUAAAAGUGGUUUUGUUGGAAUCAGAUAGUAGUGUACUGAUCCACAAUGUUGACAACGAUGAUGAGAGUGACCCUAUUGAUAUUAGGGGAAUUUUGUCUCAGAUUAAUAUGCUUAAAUAUUACUUUCAUUGUUCUAGAUUUUGUUCCAUCCUUAGGGAAGGGAAUUCUGUGGCUGAUAGAUUAGCCAAGAUGGUCACUGAUGGGAGGAUGACGGAGGGUGAAAUGGUCACUCUUCCCUUUAAUUGUACUUGCUUUGGUUAA